AUGGCGGCUCGUCCGCUUGUAACUGUUUAUAAUGAGAAGUAUGAAGCCACGGAAACCCAGAUCAAGCUUCCAUCCGUCUUUCGUGCGCCAAUCAGGCCAGAUGUUGUGAGCUUCAUUCACGAUCAGAUGUUCCGCAACAAACGCCAGGCUCACGCUGUAUCUACUAUGGCUGGUAAGCAAAUUAUCUCAGUUACUCUUCCUUUCAUCAUUCUAUUUAGAAAAUUCCCGCUUGUGGUUUUUUUUUUUGGAUUACGUCUGUGCUCUCAGUUUCAUAUUUCAUAGUU